GCGCUGGCUCCUCCCCCGUCGCUCAGGUCUUUGUCGCAUCCUUGUGCCUCGGGUCGGCCGAGCCCAGCAGCAAGGUCGUUCGCCGCGCGUGGGCUGCAGCGCAAGCCAACCUUCAGGCCAGAGUUUGCUUGUCGUCCUAGUCGGCGCCGGACCAUGGGAGGCCGCCCCCCAUCCUUUGCGCUCUUGCUGUCUCGGGCACUCACAGAUGGCCGCCGCGAGACUGCCAGCCAGAUCGCAGGCAUACAAAUACGACCCGUCGCCCUAUCGCUGCUCCGACGCCAUCUUCCUCGCUCGCCUCAUAACCCAUCCUCUGGUCGCAGCACCUACUCUCUACCAUGUCAGACAUCACCGGACUCGGCUUCUCCGUCGGCCUUGCCAGCGGCGCCCUCGUCACUGCAGCCGUGCACUAUCUGUAUUCUCAUGCGAAGGGCAGCGCUCCCGCACCCAACUCCGUCCCCCAGGGCCCUGUGGCCGUCUCGACUCCCUCGGCCGAGGCUGCCAUUGCCCGCCUCGAGAAGCAGUUCACCAUCUCGUCGUCGCAGCUCCAUGCCAUCGUCAAGUCGUUCUCCAACGAGCUCAAGAAGGGUCUGCAGGCCGAUAAUCAGAUGUUCCUGCAGAUUCCCUCGUACGUCAGCAACCGCCCGAAAGGCACCGAGACCGGCAAGUUCCUUGCCCUCGAUCUCGGCGGCACCAACUUCCGUGUUUGCGAGAUCUCGCUGGAGGGCCGCGGACAUGCUCGCACCCGCCAAAAGAAGUACACCCUCACCGAGGACCUCAAGACCGGCUCGGGCGAGCAUCUCUUUGACUUUUUCGCCGAGUGCGUCGUUAACUUCCUGGAGGAGGGUGGCCUCGACAAAUCCUUUGCGACCAGCCUUGGCUUUACCUUUUCCUUCCCGGUGACCCAGACCGCCAUCAACGAAGGCGCUCUCUGCUUCUGGAACAAGGGCUUCAGCUGCGACGGCGUCGUCGGCCAUGAUGUCGUUCGCCUGCUCCAGGACGCACUGAAGCGCAAGGGAGCCAACAUCACGGUCAAGGCCCUCGUCAACGACACCGUCGGCACCCUGGUCUCCCACGCCUACUCCGAUCCCCAGACCUAUCUCGGCAUUAUCCUGGGAACCGGCACCAACGCCGCCUAUGUCGAAAAGGUCUCCAACCUCACCAAAUGGAAGGGCGAAACUCCCAACGGCGAGAUGAUCAUGAACACCGAGUGGGGCGGCUUCAACGACCCUGCCGUCUUGCCCAUCACUUCCUUCGACCACUCGCUGGACCGUGCCUCGUCCAACCCCGGUAUCCAGGUCUUUGAGAAGCUGAUCUCGGGCAUGUACCUUGGCGAAAUCGUCCGCUACACCAUCACCGACCUCAUCUCCACCGGCGAGCUGUUCCGAGGCGCAUCCUCCGAGGAGCUCAAGAAGCCCUAUCACUUUGAGACGGCGUUCAUGUCGCGCAUUGAGAGAGAUCACACCCUCGAGCUGGCCGACACCAAGGCCGUCCUCGAAGAUCUCCUCAAGGUCCCAGCCACAAGCCUCGAGGACCGCCGUCUGGUCAAGCGCAUCUGCCAGUUGGUUGGCACUCGUGCAGCUCGGUUCUCGGCAGCAGCCACCGCGGCGAUCAUCAUCAAGAUCAACAAGCUGGACGGCUGCACCGUCGCCAUUGACGGCUCGCUGUUUGAGCACUACCCGCACUUUGCCAACCGCAUGCGCGACGCUCUCCACGAGAUCCUGGGUCUCUCGGCCGAAAACAUUGUCUUGUCGCAGGCGCGCGAUGGCUCUGGGCAGGGAGCCGCUCUCAUUGCCGCCCUGGCCUGAGACCAACCGAGGGGCUGACCGAGGGACUGACCGAGGGACUGACCGAGGGACUGACCGAGGGACUGGCCGCCUCCAUGUCAGGCACCGAUUCACCGACCCUCCAUACCGCCCCCUUCGUCCAGGCAUCCGUGCUUUUGGAUACAUCCACAGCGAGCAAAUUCCAGCGCAAUAAAGCUACACACGCAGCGAAGAAUAGAGAA